UUCAAAACUUUCUAUCUUUUUCUUGAAUAUCAAAAGGGAGCCAGAAGGAACCACCAACUUGUUGGAAGCUUUUGACAAUCUUGCCAAUUUUCUUUCCCACUUCAGGCAAUUUCUUGGGCUCAAAAAACAAAGCAGCCACUCCAGAAAUGACAACUAGUUUAGGCACUCCUAGACCAAACAAAGCAUUGCAAGUUAGAACUUGUUUAACCCUCGAAUUUCUACUCGUGUGUUUUCCCAAGAACUAGAGAAUUACAGGAGCUGGUUUAGUCGAAGAAAACAAUGGUGUUAAAAAAAGUGGAGUUCGAAGAUGGGACGAGAGAAAGAAGAUGGGGGAGUUUUGGAAGAGAUAGAGCUAUUUUUGGAAGGAAAGGGAGAGAAUUGAUAUGAUGGGAAUGUGGAGGUGGAAUCCAUGUUGUAUGGGAUAAAAGCUACUAGACACACAGCGAGAAGUUGUUCUGCUUGAUGAGUUCAAAUCAUUUGGAGAAACUAUUAGGCCGACAAGGUAUUUUCUUCCAUGACUUGACACAAGGUACUCACAGAACCUUAACGUGUUGCUACUUGAAUGUUUUUGUGCUGUAAACUUGUGAUCCAUGAUGCUCCUUUUCUUGUUCUAUGUGUAUGUUAUUAACAAUCUAAGCGUCGGAUAAAAUCACUAGUUUCUUUUAUAAUGUAUACUAACGAUAAAAUCAUCGGAAGAGCUACGAAUUUGGAUUGGGAUUUUUCAUUUCUCAAAACUCCAACAUGUGCCUUCUUUUGGUACUUCGAUUAUGUGCGCUUCAAGCUUGAAAAAUAAUCAUAAAUGACUAUGACAUCUGUCUAUAAUUAAAAGCUAGUAGAGAUGCUUCAUCUCUGACUCUAUCAGUAGUAUUAGAAUUUUAGUUUUGCAAAAGGGAUGAAAUGAAAUUUAAUAAGACGGAUCUACAAGAUUGUGAUUGCAUUUCAAUGAACACUAUUUGUUUGAGUUUAUGUGCUAUCAAUUUGAAAGUAUAUGAGGAAAAAAACAUCCUAUUAUCCUUGCGGUUCUAAUAGUUUAAAGGAUAAACUAUUAUCGGUGUUGAAAAUAACAUGAACUUAUAAAUGCUGGUGUCAUCUGGCACCUUCCCAUGAGGAAAUUUUUUGCAGUUCUUAUGUUGGAAAAUUUUUAAAUGACCGGGGCUUGUGCAAUUCAAGUGCAAGCACUCAAUCAUUGAAAAGAAAUAUGAAAUAAAUUUAUACUAUAACAUAAAGACAGCUACUAUAUUUCUCCAUGUUUUAUUUUACUCGAAAUAACAGAGCAAUUCAAUGGCAUUAAUUAAGGCCAGAACUAUUAUCCAACUCUUCAAAGUUUCACUUUCUUACAAAUUUUUAAACUCGUUGUAGUAAUCUUCUUCAUUUAGGGAUUUUUCAUGUUUGACUGCUUAGAAUAGAGAUUCACUGAAUAUAGAUGCAUAAUUUUAAGUUCUAGGAUGAGUUGGGCCAGUCUGGGAUAACCUUGAUUUAUGAAAAACUUAUCUUGCUGAUGCCAAACGAGAUAAGUUCUAAGCUGUUCCUUUAUCCGUGAACUUUCCUUUUGUUGUUUACUUUAGUAGGCUCAUUGGAUUUUAGCCCCAUUUCUAUUCAAAUUACUAACACUCGAAUACUUCGCUGUGCAAUUUUAGGGUUUUCUUUAAUUACAAAUUUCCAUUCUGUGUACUGCUAUAAUGAUAAGAUUUACUCGUUUUUCCGUAACUGCUGAGAAAAUAUAUGGAAGGAUAUUGAGGUUACCAUUUACAAAAUAGUAUGGUUGUGUACUAGAUGGGGGCCACACGCCUAUAAAUCAACGUGAUUCUCCUCACCAUUUCUCAAUCCCAUUGAAGGAAAACCACUCUCCAUUGUGUAUAAAUUUCUGAAGUGUCGAUCUAGUGCCUCCAAGGCUGUCAGUGAAGUUCAAACCUUGUGUGUUGUUGAGACUCUGCUUAUUAUGUUGUCCCGUGGUGAUAGCCAUUCCUCUCUUUGUCAUCUCUGUGUUGAGGCAGCUAUGAAAAAGCUAGCUGACCCUGGGAACACAGACUUUGACAAGCACUUGGCUGAACACAAGGCCACUCUGGAUAAGCUUAACAAACAGUAUUUUGAUAACCUCAAAGAAUUGGAUGCCCUAAAGCGGCGAGGGAAGGAACUUGAUGAGCUGGAGAAGGUGGCCCGUAGCAAGUCUUUGUUUGGUGCGCCAAUUAAUGAACUCAGCUUUCACGAGUUGGAAAUGCUACGGAAGUCCUUGGAAGAAAUUAAGGAAAACAUAUUGAAGCAAAUUGAGAAGAUUUCUGCGGACAAUGAAAAUCCAACCUCAUCCUCCUCUGCGAAUAUCGCUGGAGUCAUCAAUCCUUCUGUGAGUAGCACUGCCAGGGGUUCUUCCUCUGCUGAUGUCAAUGACCAUGAUGAUGGCCAUGGACAUUAACCGUCUUAAAUCUGAGACUAGGAAAUAAAAUGGAUUUGCUAUCAUCCUGUUUCUCUUUUGAGUUUCAUAUGUAUGUUAGUAGUCGCUCUCUUUUCAGUGGACAGCAGUGUGUGAAUGUCAGAGACAUCAAAUGUCUGCAGAUGUGCACUUUGAAUAAAUAUUAGAUGAACUGGUCGUUUGUAGUCUUAUUUCUUUUUGAUAUGAUGCUGGAUUACUUGUCAUAAAUGAACUCAUCCUAUAGUGUUUGCUUUGAUUGAAGAAUAAAUGUUCAGGUUGUUUUGGGAGAAUGUUUGUGGAUGAGGGGAGCUAAUAAUCAUUGAUUGAGGCACAGGCUGUUGUCCUCUUGGUAGUGAGCAGAUGUGAGAAAUUUAAUGCUUGUCAUAUCUGAUAUGAGUGCAAAUUAGGCACCACUGAUUGUGCUUUAUAGCUCUAUCAAUUCAACUGACUCUGUUGCUAUGAUCACACAAAUUGGUAAUAGAGAGGUCAAUUUGGUUUAUGAAAUGGAGAAUGGUGAACACUUUGCACUGGAGUAAUUCAAAUACAAACUGAUAGUGUGGUGAUUUAAUUGGAUUUUAUUUGGGUAUACAUGCACGAUCCCAGUUUCUAAUUCAGAGCUUUUUAGCACUAGUAAUAUGAGAGAGGGAGAGUCAACUAUUUAGCAGUUCUUAGUUUUUAUCUUAUCGGUGAAUGUAUGCAGUUAUGCUAGCAUCUUUUAUUGCAGAUGCAUAGGCUGUGUUAAUAUAUAUUCCAUUCCUGAAUCUGCUUGCAUUCUCAGAAGGUUCUCUGUUGCAAAUGAUUCUUACUUAGAAUACCAGUUUACAACAUGAAAUAUAAGUUGAUGUUGAUUUAUUUGCCAACAUUUCAUGCAUGCAUUGUGACUGUUUGUAUACUUUCAUACUUUUCUUUUCUGCUCAUAAUUCUAUUAUAUUAAAGAUUUUUCUGUGUUUGCUUUUUCUUCCAUUGAGAAAAAACCACACCGAAUAACCUUCAGGUUUAGAAAUCUUAACCAACUUUAUUUAAGCCACUCUACAGACUUAAUUUUGUCUGAAUAAAUUACUCUUCUUAUGAUAAAUCACUGUAUGAACUAAAUUUCUCUUUCAUGAUGAUAUCUCUAGUAUCUAGUGCAUACAUGUGCAUCUGAUUGAAGCUCCUUAGAGAAGUUGCUUUCUCUGGUCCACCACCCCUUGAGGAGACUUGUUGGCAUUUUUGGUUAUCUGUAGCUAGUGGUGAAGUUUUAUUUUCAAUUAUAAACCAGAAUGCCACUCUUCCGUCAAUGGUUACCAUUGCUGGUUAUCUGCAGUUUUAUGCAUUAUUUCCCCACACUAACUGCUUGCUUCUCCCAUUUAAAAAGCUCUAGUCUGUUCUGCUAUAAUUAAUUUCUAUCCUCCAUUUGGUUGUGGCGAUGAUUGAUUUUUUCUGUAUUUCAUGCACUUAAGGCUUGCUAUGUUUCAUUUUAUACGAUAUCUCAAUUCUAUAAAUCUAUGCUAGUGAUGACAAAUCUCAUACUUAUUUGAAAGGAUAGAAAUUUAUUUCAGAAAUUAAGUGUAUAAAGAAGGCAAGUAUAAUUGAGUUUCAGUUCUAAUUGAGAGCAUAGAGGUGAUAGAGUAGACCGAAGGCAUAAUCAAAUUAAUUGAAUCAAGCUCUUAUGUACAUACAUAAUAAAGUACGGGUACUUUCUAACUUCUUCAAUUAUGUUUUUUUCCCUGCAUGGUAUCCCUUGUAACGAAAGUGGAUGGCAAAUGUUGUUGCUUUGGCUUUCUAUUUUUCUGUGCCCGGCCUAUAUGCAGGAUAUAACUGUAAAUACAUUUAGAAGACAGAACACAAAGAUUGAGGAACAGCACAGAAUACUAGUUACACUGCAUGAUCAUGGAUCCAAAAAAGGUAAACAUGGAAGAAGAUAAUUCAUCAAGGUAAGUAGUCGAUAUUUUGUUUUCACUGAAGAAAUUAAUGGUGAAAGUUUAUUUGGUGUUUUCAGUUUAUUGUAGAUUUCCUUAUGGAGCUUGUCAGUUUUAACUAUGGUGCUUUGUUGCACUACACCUAAGCUCAUUGUUCUUUCGCAUGCCUUCUGUUACCUAACUCAGCUUUUAUUCAGUUCUAUGCAUGUUUGUUGAUGUUUUUCUUUCUGAAUUGAGGGGCAGGGCAAGUGUUGAGAAAUGUAGCCUGUAAAUUGCAAGCAAUGACUAUUACAAACCAGCACCAUUUUUGUAGCUAUGGCAAAAAAGGGAGCUUAUUAUUAUUUUUUCUUUCAUAAUCAUGUAGCCAUCUUUCUUAUCACCUUUACUUUUCCUUUUAUGUAGGAAACAUAGAAAACUGCUUAAUGUAGGAAACAUAGAAAACUGCUUAAUGUAUUUAGCUUCCAAAUCUAGUUUCAUAGUAUUUCUCAUAUAUUGUGCCUGUGUUGGUCUGACUGAGCAAUGAAUACUGUGAUGGGGACAUCGAACCGGAAACAUUGGUUAUGCGCGCGUAUAAUUAUAGACGAUGGAGGAUAGCCCAAACCAUUGAGAAAUUGGACUUUAGCUUAUGUUUUGGGCUUAAUUCAUAUGGACUUUUAGUUAAGGUUUAUGAAUUUGGUUUUAUUUGUUGGGUUGGAUUUAAUUAUUGUUGGAUAUUUUAUUUAAUGGGUCAUAAGCCCAAUUGCUUAUUCUAGUUAGGGUUUUAGUAUAAAUACCCUACUUUUCUAAAUGUAAGGACAACUAUUGAUGAUUAAUGAAAAUUGCAGAUUUUUGCAUCUCCCUACUCUCCUCUCCUCUCUUCUCUGGCUCUCUUCUUCUCCUCUUCUUCCUCUAGGCUUCUUUCUUUUCCCGGCUUUAAUUUUUUUGCUUGUUGUCCCGCGUCAAAUUUGGUAUCAGAGCAUGGCUUUUAAUUGUUCUUACAAUUAAACGAUCUACACAUUUAUGUGAAACCCUACUCUUCUGGAAAAAAAAAAAAAAAAAACCCUACUAUUCUGAUUACAAGAAUCUACUGUUCACUAUUCACUGUUCAAAUCACUGUUCAUCAUCCACUGUAAUCGGGUUUCCAGCAGCGGCGCCACUGCCAUCUACGGCGUCUCAGCUAGUCACAGCGGCAGACCCACCACUGAGAAGACCUGCAAAUCAGUCCACCGAUCCACGCCGAUUUGCUACCUCCGACACAGACCAGCGGCAACCACCAGAUUGACACCGCAAGAGACAUCAGUGGAUCUCCGGCUUCAGCAGCACAAAACCACCAGCAACAGCUACCCACAACACCCAUCACAACGGAUCCACGCAUCAACCAGUUUCAUCCUCACCAGAGAGCAGUUUAGGCAUCCCCAAUAGCCACCAAAACCGAGAUCAGAUCAUCGUCACUGUUCAUCGUCACUGUCUUCGUCGACUCCUUAGCAGCGGCGUCCCAGGCAAGCAACCCCAGAAGCGACACCGGAUCAACAGCCUCGCCCAGAAGCGACACCAGACACCUCCACCUCUCCCCCUCGCGCCGCUGGCCCAAGCAGGAGCACGGAGUGAGCCAUCGCCGACAGCGGCGGCAACGGGUCACAGAAGCUAGGGAAGCAAGAAAGAAAGAAGAAACAAAAAAACCCCAGCUGAGAAUAUAAUUAACCCUGCCAUGUCAUCUGCCACGUCAACCUCCUGGAGCCACGUCAUCCGACACGUCAUCGCCACACCAGUCAAGGGCUGCUCCACCAGCUGCCACAUCGUCAGUUUCUGUCAUAUCAGCUGCCAUGUCCUUGUCUGCCCAUUGCUGCCACAUGUCUGCCAUGUCAUUAUCUUCGCCACAUAAUCAACAUCAAAUUCCAGCAUACUCCUCCAAAGCAGUCAAGUCAGUAAAUUACUUUACUUUUGAUUUGUUGAUUUUACUUUAGGUAUUGCACUUGGUAGUCAAAGUUGUCGUUAAUAUUACUUUUGUGCCUAAAAAAAAAAAAAUAUCACACCUUGCAUUUUUAUCUGUUCACUCUUACUUAACCAUUUUCUUCUUUGAUAUUUAGCAACUAGUUGUUGAGCCCGUUGAAGUUAGUAAAAAUUGUUACCAUUAUUUGAUUAAUCAUUUACACUUAAAAGGUCUAGCAUUGCUUGCUUAUAAUUUUCCUGGCAUAAUCUGUUCUUGAUUAAUCUUCACAAAAAAAAAAAUUAGCUUUAUUUUUGUAUUGUGAUUUUACAUGCAAGAACCAUUUGUGAUCUCAAUUCCAUUUAUAAGUUAGUGUUGCAUGCAUUUAUGUCAUGAUCAUUUAGUGUCCAAGUUUAAGUUUACACUUGCUGUAGACUCAACCUUAGUGAUAGUCUCGACGACCAUGUAAAGGGAACUGCAAGCUUAGGUGAUCAACAUGUUUAAGAGAAUUGAACCCCAAGAGAGUUUUCGAAUAAGGCACUCAAAGACUAAUGAAUAUCACAAGAACAAUCAUUAUGGACAAGUUCACUCUGAGCGCCACCAAUAUGACUAUCAUUUAGGUUAUUCUAAAUACGAUGACUUUGAUGAGCGAGUCUUAAGUCCUAACAAAAUAGAAGCUCCCACUUUUGACGGUCGUCAUGACCUUUGGAUAUUUGAUAUGUGGAUUCGUGAUAUGGAUAAAUUCUUUGAGUGGCAUAAAUUGUCUGAUAAUAGAAAAGUUAGAUUUGCUAAGAUGAAACUCAUUGAUGAAGCCAAAGUUUAUUGGAGAGAUGUUGAGGAUUGUUUAGAGAUGAGAGGUAAACCUCCUAUAACUGAUUGGAUCAAAAUGAAACAUAAACUUCAGGAGAAGUACCUACCCCAGUCUUAUAGGAAUAAACUCUUAGACCAAUGGAACAAUCUAAGACAAGGGAAUAAAUCUAUCAAUGAGUAUAUGACGCAGUUUAACGAUUACAUGAUUAGAUGUGCCAUAAAAGAGAAUGAAGCCAUGACUUUGCGUAGAUUUUGUAGAGGCUUAGAUGAUGAUCUUAGAAGAGAAAUUGUAUUUCAAGGUGUAUCUACCCUUGACCAGGCUUAUACCUUAGUUAAAGACUACAAGUUGGUCACAAAGAAUCAGUGGAAGAAUCAUCAGGACUCUUAUAGCAUCCCUACUAGGUCCCAAUUCAGAAACAGUGAUUCUUUGUUAGGUGCUCCACCCCAUAGACCUAAUCCUAGUAGCACCAAACUUUGUAAGAAAGAUAAAGGUAAAAGAGUUGUCAAUGAAGUGUCUAAGGUGAGUUCAAAGGUUAAGUGUACUAAUUGUUUAGGUUUUGGUCAUAUCUCCUUAGAUUGCACCUCUAAACCCUUAGUCAUCCAAAAACAUAAGGAUAUAGGUAAAGAGGAAUAUUGUAGUGUUGAAGUGUAUGAGCCUAAUCUUGAGGAUUUUAGUGACCUGGAUGACGAGGAUGUGCAAAAAGAGGGACUUAACACAAUGAGUCCACAUGAGCUUGAGACUGAGGUUAAAAAAGAGUCUGAUAUGUCUGCUUCAAUGGUAGAGGAAGUUUUAGGGAACUCUUCAGUGGAAUCGCCUGUAGAGAUACGUAUGGUCUUAGAAGAGUCUCAUGAUAUUAGUCCUCCUAAACUACCUGAUUCCUCAUCCCACAUUCUUGGUGUCCAGCACAUCAUAAGUUUAGAGCAACAUAUUGAGCUUUUUGACCCCUUACCACAUGCACGUGAUGAGGAAGAUGAAGAUAAUCCUAGUUUACUUGAUCGUGUUCAUACCAUAUCUACACAGGUUUCAAACAAUGUUUGUCACAUUUCACACCCUCAAUCAUUUAGUGUUCAUAGUUACAAACCUGAGAAGCCUAUAGAACACCCUCCCAUAUCUCCUCACGAUAGGAUGUUUAAGUCAGCUGAGUCAUUACCAUGUAGGGUUCAUAAUUUGCAUAUUGAGAUCAUGAAACAAAUUCAAGCAAGUAAUGAACAAUACAAAUUUCGAGCUGAUUUACUUGAAUAUCAUGAUGCACUUACUGUUGGAGAUUAUUUCAUGAUACAGAUUAGACCUGAACGGUAUCCUUUGGAAACCGAUCAUAAAUUGCAAGUAAGUAGUGUUAGACCAUUCAAAGUGUUGCAAAUGAUUAAAUCAAAUAAUUAUGUCAUUAAAUUGCCAUUAAACUUUGAUAUUAGCUCUACUUUUAACGUGAAAGAUCUCAGUAUUUAUAAAAUACAGCAUAUCCCUGAUGCUCCUUUUGAUACCCCUACCUCUUUAUCCAUAUCUUUGGCACAAAAGGAAUAUAUUAAUGCUACUUUGAAUGCACAAGUUCUUUUUACCAGGGUUGAUGAACUUCAGCAAAUCCUAGUAUAUGGGCUCAACGACCAGAUUCAGACUGUACUUGGAUUAUCAGAGAGACAUCAUAACAGCUUGAUCCUUAUCUUUGAGAGCAUUAUCGGAGCUGCCUUGACCUAUACUCGACAGGGUCGAGUUCUUCCAACCCCGGGAGAAUUGAUGGGGACAUCGAACCGGAAACAUUGGUUAUGCGCGCGUAUAAUUAUAGACGAUGGAGGAUAGCCCAAACCAUUGAGAAAUUGGACUUUAGCUUAUGUUUUGGGCUUAAUUCAUAUGGACUUUUAGUUAAGGUUUAUGAAUUUGGUUUUAUUUGUUGGGUUGGAUUUAAUUAUUGUUGGAUAUUUUAUUUAAUGGGUCAUAAGCCCAAUUGCUUAUUCUAGUUAGGGUUUUAGUAUAAAUACCCUACUUUUCUAAAUGUAAGGACAACUAUUGAUGAUUAAUGAAAAUUGCAGAUUUUUGCAUCUCCCUACUCUUCUCUCCUCUCUUCUUUGGCUCUCUUCUUCUCCUCUUCUUCCUCUAGGCUUCUUUCUUUUCCCGGCUUUAAUUCUUUUGCUUGUUGUCCCGCGUCAUACUGCUUGUGAUUUUCCAUGAGAAUUGAGAAAGGUGUGCUAUUUCAAGAUACUGUGAAAGCGUGUCGGUGCUAAUUAAGCUGUUUUAUAAUUAUCUCAAGUUCUUUGUCACUUGCAUAUAUGAUGACAUGAGUCCAAUGGGGUAACAUCAAGUGGCUUUUUGGAUACAAAAGGGAUGUAGCAACAUACAGUGGAGAAACCUGACAAUGGCAUGAAUUCUACCAAAAUGUCUCUCUUUUGCUGUUUUCUAUUACCUUGUAUCCAUGUUGUCAUGGCUCCAAACUAGCAGAUAUCUAAUCUUUUCAAUGUUUAAUGUAGAAGAUGACAGGAUGUGUAUGGCAACAGGAAAAUCUCACAUCGGAAAGCCAUAAGCUGGAAGGCAAGGCAAGCAUGUAGAAGAUGAAUGGAUGUGGGACGUACACGCACGGGGUUAAUGGGUGAUCAGAAGGCUCGUGGCCUAGGUUAGUGACCUCCAGUGCACUCAGGAGGGGUGCUGGUCUAAGCUCUCCCCAAGUGGGGGAGCCUACGUCAAGAUUUGGCUGAACAAGUCUCUGCCCCUGCCCAGUUCUAGUUUAGAAAAUUUGAGUUAAUAAGAAGAGCCAAUAGGCAAACUUGAUAAUCCAGAUGCAUAGCAUCGAUGUAUCAGAUUGAUAAUGUUAAGAACUUUUUGAAAACAACCCAUUAGUUUGAUUUCUGUGUAUAUAGAAAAUCUGAAAUUGGGUGAUUUGUUGAA